AUGGUGACAACAGAUAUGGCCCAGUCAUUAUGGUAUAUUCUCAAAACAUUCCACCUUGAUGUCUCAGGAUUACAGCUCUUUUCUGCAUUACAUAGAAUCACAAGACAUAACCCUCAAGUUUUCCAGUCAGUUAUUGACACUGUAGGAUUAUCAACAUUGCUGUCUGCGUUGUCGUUUGGUAUAACAAAGAUUCAACAAUCUAUUGUGACCAUGUUUGGAGCAUUGAUUGUGUCAGGGGCUUCCUUGAAUAGACUUACACAAGAUAAGGAUUUCCUGCAGAAGAUACUGCGACUAUUAGAAAGUCCAUCUACUGUGAUACGAGGCAAAGCUUUUGUUGUGAUACAUGAACUUACUAAAAAUAACCAUGAUAUCUUGUUGUCAUGUUGCCAGUAUAGACUGGUAAUGUAUCUGGAGAGAGAUAGCAGACGGCAAACACCGCGGGAUACGAAAGUUGAUCCGGCAGAAAUGGAAUAUUUGAACAGAUGUCUUGAUCUACUUAUCAACUAUAUCUCUGAUUCAGUCCCUAAUAUUAUAGGUGACGUUCUGACUGCAUUAGAUUCUGUGGCCGGACGUAAACAUCCAAACACUGUUCAGGCAAAACAACUCAAGAGUUCCCUCCCUUUAGUACAUAUUUUCCUUCAUCUGGUAACCAGUCAGGUAUUCCGUCCAAAGAUAGUCACUGAGGAAUUUGUACGAAGUCUUGGUUCACUGUUAGGGCACGUGAAACGUAUUGAGAAUGGUGAAACAAAUAUUGAAGCAUCUAAUGGUGUAAUAACGGUAUCAGAGUUUGUAAACACAGUGAUGUCAGUUCUAGAAGGUAUAACCCAGCAUCCCACACUGCUCAUGGAUCAUGGUGUGGUUGUCAUGGAGACAAUCCUUCCAAUAAUGGCGGAAUUGGUUGUUAGUCAAAAUGGUGACACCCGAGCUCUGUCACUAAGCUUGUUCUCUGAGAUGGCGACUGUAUUCCUGACACAGGAUGCCGUGGCAACCAAUGGCAAGGUCGAUACAAAGAGAUUACAUAUCAUUAUAGGAGAGAAGUUGUUCCCACAUUAUGAACAGAUAUUGUUGGACCAGGACCCACUACCUUACUACGGUCUCAAGUUGUUACUUGCCUUACUAGAGUCUAAUUCUGCAUUCAUAAAACAAUUUCAACAACAAGGCCUGGUAUCUGUGAUAUUUCAAGUAUUACUGGAUCACCAGAAUAAUCCAAUGAGCAGCGCCAUGCAGAGUAUAGCUGGUAUACUGAACUGUCUCGUCAGUCAUAAAGAAACAAACAUGAAGGAGUUAUAUGAACAAGGUCUCAUUGACUACUUUACUACAAUAUUUUUCGAGGUAUCAGCUGCGUGUUUUGAAGGAGAAGACAACAGUGGUGUUGAAAGUAAAGUGGUUCUGUCCAUGCUGCAGACUUUACUUGAAACUCUUCAUGGUCUGUUAAAAUAUGUGUCAGACUUUGUUCGUAAGGCUCUACAGGUCGGUCAGCAGGCUAAGAAAGCGGGUGGAGAGGCUGCCAGCAAGGAUACUGAGGAUGCUGAACAUUUACUGUUACAGAACAAAGCUCUGACAGAUCUAACAAGUUUACUUACACAACUGUUAACACACGAGGAUGGGGACAUCCACGACCCAGCUUGUAAAUGUCUGUCCUUGUUGGUGCAGCUGUUUGGUGGGGAGCACAAGGAGGCUAUGAGUCCAGAAAAUAUGGAUUACUACAGCAAAGCUCUAAAGAAAGCUGAUGCCAAGAAACAGAAAGUUUUGUUAAGGAUAAUCAAGAGACUAGUGAGUACGGACAAGUCUCAUAGGGAGUCAAUGAAGAGUAACGGAGAAGGUCUCGCCAACACUAUCACAAGCCUAGUAAAAACAGCAAGUUCCCAUGCAGAUGUUUCAUUAUCGUCUCUCGCAGCAGAAAUUCUCAAAAUGACUGGACAUCUUAAAUGAUCUUCUUGCCAGCAAUUCUAUGGAAAAAUCUCAUUGAAGUCAACUGCAUGGAAAUGAUCUCAUUGUGUAAAAGACCGAGUCCUUCCUUAUCAUUGGUCAAUUUCAAAAUGUAAAUUUGAAUUUACCCAAUGACAAGGCGUGUUACAAAAAGUUAAUCAAGAUCCUCAAAAUGAAAGACAAUUGAAAAAGGGACGAUUGUUGCCAGGAAACUGUGUAUUUGAUGAAAUAUUCUGCUGUUCAUGUCAAAAGUAGGCUAUAUAGUUGGUAGAUAGUCAAAGUAAUCUCAGUUCUUUUUCAGAUAUGUAAAAAAUGGGCUGAUAAGAGUUGUUGUGUAUGUGUUAUGAUAAAUGUUUAUUCAUUGAAUUUAUUAGUGAUUUGGUUUGAAAUUACCAAUCUUCAAUGCCAAUAUUUUAUGUAUGUCUGUUUUAUAUAAUGUAUGAUGUAUCUGUGAUGAAAGUAAAAUUAAGAAAAGAUUUAA